AUUGUACUUGAUUGAUCAACUUGUUGAACAAGCUCGUGUUAUAUUACUGUUCCCUCCCAUCUCGUGCAGGUGAUUUGGUUCUCAGCUAGUUUUGUUUUAUUUCCUGAUUGAGCUUGGGUUUCAUUAUUUUUGAAUGAUGUAAUGUGAAGCAAAUGGAAUAGGUUAUGUAAGCAAAACGAGAAUUCAGCAAUCAUAAAUGUUUACUCACUUGUCCAUUCUUGUACCUGAUUUUACAUAAGGAAUCCAAAGCCAAACUAUCGACUCCUCUUAAGAUUACAUUAUUAUUAGAGAUGAGCUAUAAAUGUUCGUUAGGGCAUGAGUGGACACCUACCACUUUUUAUUGGUCAAAGAAUCUAAAUUGCUUCAAAUUAAGGACUACAAAGAUCAAAUAAUUAAAGCUAAUUUGUUGUUUCCAUAAAAUUUCAAUUUCAGUGUCCUAGAACAGGACUGCAGCCUGGAUGUGGAUAUUGGAUAUUACCUUUCUUACCCUGAUACCCAGCAGAAUCCACCAUUUAGAAGACCAAACUUACAAAUGUUGGCAAAGGAAGAAUUUUGCAUAUGCUUUCUUUGCCUUGAACAUGAAGCAUUGUCCUUCCCUUUACAACUCCAAAGACCCAUCCCUCCUUUAGACACUGCAGCCUUAGCAAGCAAAGAACCUCCUGUACCUUCCCUUUUCCAUCCCCUUUUAUUUAUAUAACCAUCUCACCUCCAUUAAUCCCCCCAACUUUUGUGCCUUGAUUCUUAGGCAACUCCUCAUCCUUUUUUGUCCUUCCCCCUUCCAAUAAUCAGCCGCACAAAUGAAACCCAUUGCCACUCUGCUUCUGCUGCUUAACUUCUGCAUGUUUGCAGUCAUUUUGGGCAUCGGUGGGUGGGCCAUGAACACAGCCAUCGAUCAUGGCUUCGUCAUUGGCCCUGGCUUACGACUACCGGCGCAUUUCUCACCAAUUUACUUCCCCAUGGGGAACGCAGCCACUGGUUUCUUUGUGACAUUCGCUUUGUUGGCUGCCGUGGCUGGAGCUGCCUCAUCAAUCUCAGGACUAAACCAUAUUCGGUCAUGGAGUGCUGAAAGCUUAGGCGCAGCAUCCUCUGCUGCUGUUUUGGCUUGGUCUCUCACUAUCCUUGCCAUGGGCUUUGCUUGCAAAGAGAUUGCUCUGGAUUACAGAAACACAAGACUGAUAACAAUGGAGGCGUUCUUCAUAAUUCUCUCUGCUACACAGCUAAUAUACAUCUUUGCCAUCCAUGGUGCUGUUUCCACGAGAUGACAACUGAAUCAUGGAAACAUUUCUUUGAUAUUCAUUGCCCAUUUUCUUCUU